AGUGAACAUAACUGCUCGUUCUUCCACACAACUCCAUUUUGACUCCAUUUUUCUCUGAUCAUGGCGUCUCAGAAAUCCCUCUGUUUUUUAGUGGCUUUGUUCAUCAGUUUCAUAUGUUCUUCGCAGGCUGUCACCUUGGAAGUUGGUGACGAUGAUGGCUGGACCUUAAACCCUGUUGAAGACUACAAUGCAUGGUCGAGUAGAUUGAGGUUUCUGGUCAACGAUACCCUCUAUUUCAAGUAUGAAGAUGCCACGGAUUCUGUUUUGGUGGUGGACAAAGAUGAUUAUGACAACUGCAAUGUUGAUAAUGCCAUCGAGAAGCUGAAUGGUGGUGAAUCGUAUUUCAAACUUGAACAACCGGGCCCUCAUUAUUUCAUUACUGGUAAUAAAUCCAAUUGUGAUCAAGGUCAAAAGAUUAUUGUGGCGGUUUUGCACAUUAGAACACAAUCGCCACCAUCACCUCUGCGUGCUCCAUCACCCCUUACACCAGCUGCGGCAUCUCCUGUCACCGUAACCCCACCAUCUGCAACUCCCGUUUUAACUCCACCCGCAUCCACCGGAGGAAGCUCACCUUCUCCAGAUGGUAGUAAUCUGGAAGGCGUGAGUUCACCACGGCCAUCACCAUCCCGAUCGUUGGCAUCAACAGUGGUUUCUGGCAGCAUGACUGCGUCACUUGUGACAUUGAUCAUUGCUUUAUGUUUGAUUAUUUGAUUUUUCCAACAGGAGGUUUGAUGGGUUUGAUUGUGUUUUUAUUAAUCUUGGGGUUUUUUUUUUCUGAUGUU